GUAUAUGUGCUGUGCGCGAGGAAAGAUGGCAACGUGCAUCGUAUAGGAAAUCGCACAGCAAAUCAUAUAGGAAAUCACAGAGAUUCAGUUUCGAUUUUGUUCUUGCCAUAUAUCAUAUGAGCUUCAAAUCACCUACACCACCAUAAUCUUUUGCUUUUUUCCUGAAAAAGCAAAAGCAAGCUUGCGAAUUCAGCUGUGUGGGAGAGAUGGCGAGGAACGGGGUGUUUUCACGGUGGCGGAGGGCUGAGGGACCCGCCGGAUUGUCGCUUCCCUCAGAAUCUCACGACGUUCAUGUCCUCGCCGUCGACGAUAGCCUCGUCGACAGGAAAGUAAUCGAGAAAUUGCUCAAAAUUACAUCCUGCAAAGUGACAGCAGUGGAUAGUGGGAGUAGAGCUCUGCAAUUCUUAGGAUUGGACAGGGAAGAGAGUUCUGUUGGGUUUGAUGGUUUGAAGGUGGAUAUGAUAAUCACAGAUUAUUGCAUGCCUGGAAUGACGGGCUAUGAAUUGCUCAAAAAGAUUAAGGGAUCAUCUUUUAGGGAAAUUCCUGUUGUCAUAAUGUCAUCUGAGAAUGUUUUGGCAAGAAUUGACAGCAGAUGUCUGGAAGAGGGGGCGGAAGAUUUUUUGUUGAAGCCAGUGAAACUGUCGGAUUUAAAACGAUUGAAGAGUCACAUGUUUGGCGAGGACGACAAGAAUCCAAGAGAAGACAGUGGGAUAAACAAGCGAAAGUUACAAGAAAUGUCCGAGGAUUCAUCGCCUCCCUUACCUUCACCAUCACCAUUGCUGUCUCCAAAUCCGUCAACCGAUCUUUCAUCAUCAUCAUCGUCAUCGUCCUCCCCACCCUCCACUUCAUCAUCACCUUCCUCACCUGAACUACUUGAAUCUCCUAAGACAGAGGAAUGAAACAAGAAUACUAGGUAUAACAUUAGUUCUUUCUUUUCUUUUCUUUCUUCUCCAUGUGUUAUACAACAGCAAAGCCAAUUACCCCCUCCUAUAUCCUAUGUGCGGUUUUUGUUGGCUUGUAAUUUUUUAAACUUAUUAUUAUUAUUGAUUUUCAAAUGUUGGUAUUCUUAAUUUCUUAGUCAUUUUGUGUGAUAACACAA